AUGAUGGCGGAACCUAUCAUCCUCGACGUGCGCUUUGAGCAUUAUCGGCCAUCGUUCACGCUCGGUGUCACAGAGGCCCGCCCCCGCAUCUCCUGGCGCUACGAAAACGUGGACGCCGAGUUUGAACAAGAAGAGUACGAGAUUGAGCUAAGCCAGCUACAAGGUUCCAAAACCACGAUACUGAGCUCAACUUCGAUCUUCUCUGCAGAGUCACAUCUUGUACCAUGGCCAAGCGAAACGUCGAUGGUGUCAAGAGAUAGAUAUUCGGUUCGGGUGCGGGCACGCCAGGCGGGCAAAUCGGCAUUCCUCGGAUGGAGCGAGCCAUCUGUCAUCGAAGCUGGACUACUUCAGAGAGCGGACUGGACGUGUCAAAUGAUCUCGGCUCCUUGGUCUGAGGAUGAACCAGACAAGUCCCAUCCAGAAGACCUGUUCAGGAAGGAAUUCUCCAUUCACGACUCUCGGGAAAUCAUAUCGGCUCGGCUUUAUGUAACGGCACAUGGCCUAUAUGAGGCGGAGAUCAACGGAACAAGAGUGGGUGAUUAUUUCCUCGCUCCCGGCUGGACUCAAUACCACAACCAACUCCAGUACCAGACGUACGAUGCUACACACCUCUUGCCAACGGGACAGGAUAAACAUUGUUUAGGUCUGAGGCUCGUGGAGGGUUGGUACAAGGGCAGAAUCGGGUUUGACGGAGGCAAGUGCAAUAUUUGGGGCACGCGAACGGCGGUUUUUGCCCAGCUCGAAAUUCAAUACGGCGAUGGAUCGACCGAAGUCAUCGGCACGGAUGCCAGUUGGUCGGUAUCACGAGGCCCUAUUCGACAGGCUGAGAUUUACGACGGUGAACUCUACGACUCGACAGCCGAGAUUCAGGGUUGGUCUCUUACCGCGGGGCUCAAGGAGCCGGCUCGACGCAUCAAUACCCUGCGCCCACGAAACAAAAUCAUCACACCAUCAAAGAAGAUUCUUCUCGAUUUCGGCCAGAACCUAGUUGGCUACGUUCGAAUAAAGGGCGUGAAUGGACCUCGUGGACACCGGGUCAUCUUAAAACACGCCGAGGUGCUUGAAGGCGGUGAACUCGGUACACGGCCGCUCCGCCUUUGCAAGGCCCAGGAUGUGUUUGUCCUGGGAGGCGAUGAGGAGCGAUCUGAAUGUUACGAACCGCGAUUCACGUUUCACGGAUUCAGAUACGUGCAGAUUGAUGGGUGGUUAGAGGAAGACACCCUAAUCGACAACGUUGAGGCGGUUAACUUCCAGUUGGGCGACUGGCUUGACCCGACUGCGCCACCAGAGCAGCCAUUUAUUUCUGUGACCGACCGCGUGCUGGCUGCAAAUGCCUUUCUUGUUCAGUCACUCGAUCUUAUGGCCAACAUUGCAGAGGCGGUCGGGCGAGGUGAGGACUCGAGAAAGUAUCGAAGCGGUGCCGCAAGUGCUCGAGAUGAAUUCCGAAAUCAGUACGUCACCCCAGACGGUUGGGUAGUAUCGGACUCACAAACUGCGUACUCGUUGGCCAUUUGUUUUGAUAUUCUUACCUCUCCUCACGAAAUUUCUCAAGCCGGCAAUCGCCUGGAGGAAAUUGUUCGAUCCAACUCAUACAAAAUCGGCACCGGAUUCGCGGGGACGCCAUACGUUUGCGAAGCUCUUGCCCGAACCGGACAUAUCGACGCGGCUUACAAAAUGCUUUUGAACGAACAGUGCCCGUCCUGGCUCUAUCCAAUCUCUAUGGGCGCCACUACGAUCUGGGAGCGUUGGGAUAGCAUGAGGCCAGACGGAUCUAUUAACCCCGGGGACAUGACGUCCUUUAAUCAUUACGCAUUUGGCGCCAUCUCAAAAUUCUUAGUGGAGAGACUUGCCGGCUUACAAUCUUUGAGUCCCGGCUGGAAAGCGUCUAGAUUCGAACCGAAUCUAGGCGGUGGAUUCUUGUCGGGACGGGCGACCCACAAAACGCCGUAUGGCAUCGUUUCGGGGUCCUGGGCUGUGAAUGCUAGCGAAGGACCAGAUGCCCAGCCCCGACUCGUCCUCAAUGUAGAAGUUCCACCCACCACGACGAUGGAGGUAGUAUUACCACAGGAGCACGGAAGCAGGGUUGAAAAGGUUGGCUGUGGGAAAUGGACAUUCACAGUAGAGAUUAGCCAAGAUGAUAUCGAUCCCCGGAAGGAGCCCCCACUUGAAUUCCCUGGAAUAUUAUAG